CUAAUAAGUACAGCUAUACUCUUCUUUCAAUCUCUUUCUCUCGAUAAAUUUUCAUUUUGAGGUUGUAAUGGAGUUGAAUUCCAUCGUUGAAUCUCUUGAGGACAAAAGCAUUCUUGUUACUGGAGCAACUGGUUUUCUUGCUAAGCUUUUUGUGGAGAAAUUGCUAAGAGUUCAGCCUAAUUUGAAACAACUCUUUCUUCUCAUAAGAGCUUCUGAUUAUGCAGCGGUUACUCAACGUUUUCACAACGAGGUGAUCGGGAAGGAGGUGUUCAGAGUCUUGAAGAAAAAACAUGGGGUUGAGUUCAACUCAUUCAUUUCAGAAAAGGUGACGCCGGUUGCAGGAGAUGUCACUUUAGAAAACUUAGGAAUAAAUGAUUCCGAAAUGACAAAGAAAUUGUGGAGUGAAGUAGAUUUUGUCGCGAACUUUGCUGCAACUACCAACUUUGAUGAGAGAUAUGAUGUUGCAUUUGAUAUCAAUACUAUGGGAGCCAAGCAUGUUUUGGAGUUCUCCAAGAAGUGUGUAAAGCUUAAGUUGCUUCUCCACAUAUCAACAGCAUAUGUAUGGGGAGAGAAAUCAGGAUUGCUAUUAGAGAAUCCUCUAAGAAAAGGUGAAACACUGAAUGGAACGACUUCGCAGAAGUUGGACAGCCAAGUUGAGAUGAAAUUGGUCUCUCAAAGGCUGAAAGAACUCAAAGCUGAGCAACUUCCUAAGAAAGAAGAAACAAUAGCCAUGAAGGAAUUUGGCCUUCAAAGGGCAAGGUUGUUUGGAUGGCCAAAUACGUAUGUGUUUACAAAGGCAAUGGGGGAGAUGGAAAUCGGCGAAUUGAUAGAAAGCCGUAAUGAUCUUCCAGUGGUUAUCCUUAGACCAACCAUUAUCACCUCUACAUUCAAAGAACCAUUUCCCGGAUGGAUUGAAGGCGUCAGGACCAUUGACAGCAUUAUCCUUGGUGCGGGUAAAGGAAAGGUAAAAUGCUUUCUGGCAAGGGCCGAUGUCAUUAUGGAUUUGAUCCCAGGGGACAUGGUGGUGAAUGCAGCAAUUGUGGCAAUGAUAGGUCAUGCUAAUCAACCAUCUGAUGAUCGUCAACAGUUCAUAUAUCAAGUGGGUUCAUCUGCAAGAGCACCACUAGAAACCACUAGGCUGAGAAAUUACGUGUAUAAUUAUUUUUCGAAGAAUCCGUUAAUAUCAACAUCAUCCAUUGGCAAAAGUAAUGAAAAACCUAUUCAAGUUUCUUACCCGUUUAUCUUCCCAACCAUGGCCAGCUUCUUAACGUUCCUCUACGUAACUCACAUGCUGCCUUUGAAGGGUUUGCGCUUGGUGAAUGCUGUGUUUUGCAAUUAUUUUCGUGACAAUUGUAAUGAUGCUGAACGGAAGAUAACUUUCAUAACGAAAUUGGUUAAACUCUAUGAACCUUACAUAUUGUUCAAAGGAACCUUUGAUGACUUGAAUACCGAGAGGCUAAGAAUAGCUGCGAGAGGGAAUGCAGCCGAAGCAGAUACAUUUUAUUUUGAUCCCAAAUGCAUCAAUUGGGAUGAAUAUUUCAUGAAUACUCAUAUCCCUGGUCUUGUCAAAUAUGCCCUUAAGUACUAAUUUUACAAUCUCAAGUACUAAUAUGCUCUUGAGUUAUGUAUUCUACCAUUACUGUAGUUUUUCUUGAAUGCUGAACUUUCAUACAAACUUGUAACCGUCCCCUCCAAUCCACUUUUUUAUGCAAUACGAUUCAUUUGGAGACA